AUGUGCUGCUGCAAUGUCAGAUGCUUACAAUACUGCCUUUACAUUAGCUGCGUCCUACUACUUGUAAGAUUAAUAUAGGGCACAGGAGCAGUCAUUAUCUGGAUAGGCUUCGAAGUCCAGGAUAGCGAGUUCGUGAAAACUAUUGAUGCAGAGUACGCAGGGUACGGGAUUAUUGGCCUCGGUGGAGGUAUGAUAGUUUUUGCUGUUGUCGGCUUUAUCUCUGGCUGUAAAAGGAGCAAAUGCUUACUUUUCAUAUUCAUUUUCAUUUCCUUCAUCAUUGGAGUUCUUCUAGUUGCAUUUGGUGCUGUGAUAAUUUACGUAAGAGACAACUUUCUUCCUAAGUAUCUGGACAGCGAAUCAGAUUGUCGCGAUUUCGAUGCCUUCGAAGAGGCUGAUGAUGGUUUUGGCAAAGCUUUCUCAACAAUCUGUACAGUCUAUUGUCCAUGUGGCAUGGACAGUGACAUAUAUGCCGAAGUGAAAGACCUACUAUACCCAAACCAAACUCAGCAUAUUCAAGGUACAACUGAUAUCCUUAGCUGUGACCCAUGCUCAGAAGCUGCAACCUACCCAAGUGCUGUCCAAGACGUUGUUUAUCAAUGGAUCAGAGACAACUUGGAUUUGCCUGUGACUUCCUCUGCCGAUUGCAUAAUUCCAGAAGGUACUUAUGAAGACGUGUACUUAAAAGAUUACAAGAAAUACAUACCUUUGAUCAAAUGAAUGGAAAAACAUUUUGACUGCUCGGGAUUAUGUUCAUAUAGACCUAUUUAUUUGUUCAGCGAUAUAAAUAAUGGAGUGCCUGAAAAUAGCUGCCGUAAAGAAGUCUAUGAUUGGGCUAAAGAUAAGUUCUUGACCUAUGGAGUGAUCACAAUAGUUUUCGGAUGCUGGCAGGUAAGAAAUAUUUAGCUUUAUACAUUUUUGCUGGCUGCAGGGUUGUGCUGCAAUUGCACAAAUUCAAGACAUAAAGGUAAAAAAUAA